AUGAAAUAAUGUCACACAAGUGAAAAUGUAAAUUCAGAGUACCCAGUUCGUUCACGCCCAGAGGAGAAACCUUUGAUUAGGCAAGAGUAAAGGAGACAUCGAAAAUUUCCGACGUUACUGAAGGCAGCAUUUAGCAUUGUGUGUGUAGGCAGUUAGAAGACUACUUGGUUUUGCUUUAGUCGCUCAGUUAGUCGUUAGACAGGCGUUAUCAUGUUUUUCAUUAGCCUCACUGGAAAAUCUGAUACUUAGCGAUGUUUAGACCUAAAGAGAAAGGGAGGGGAUACAAGCAACGGCCACCACUUAGUGUCUCCAGAGACCAAGCAGUUGUAGGUAGAAGCAAAUCCCGGAACUUGAAACGGUAGGAGACGAGCUAACAUUAGCUAGCUUUUUGUUGACAGUGUGCCUGCUGUCAAACCAGAACCCGACCUCCUCUAAAGUUAGUGUAGUUAGCUAGCUGGAUACUUUACGACUUGUACCAGCGACGUUCAUUUAGCAGCCUGCUAGACUUGUAUUUGGACCGAAAUUUGGCAGAAGUUUCCGUCACUUUUAACCACUUGUGGAUCUAGAAGAUGGCAUCAAGAGGAGGCUUCACGGGUCCCCCGAUGAAUCCGAAUCUGAAUCCCAUGAAUGUUGGACAUUCAGGGGGCAUGAGGAUGCCAGGAAUGCCGCAACCUCCGGCGGGAUACCCCCGGAGCAUGAACAACGCUCCCCAGUACCUCCAGCGCCCAGGGAUGCCACCCAAUAGGGUGGGGGGCCCCAUGGGGUCAAUGGGGGGCCAGCUGCCUGGUCCCUCUUAUGGUGGUGGGAACAUGCCCAUGCGGCCAGGCAUGGGGCCUCCAGGCAUGGACACCUCAAGGAAACGGUUCCUUCAUCAGCAUCAACAGCAGCAGCAAGAGGCGCUGGGAGGAGGCCUCAGACGAGGGGCAAAAAGACGCAAGAUGGCGGACAAGGUUCUACCACAGAGGAUCAGAGACCUGGUCCCAGAGUCCCAGGCCUACAUGGACCUCUUGGCCUUUGAGAGGAAACUGGAUCAGACCAUCGCUCGAAAGCGUAUGGAGAUUCAGGAAGCCAUCAAGAAGCCCAUUAUGCAAAAACGCAAACUCAGGAUCUACAUCUCCAACACAUACACACCCAGCAAGCCUGAGGGCGAGGAGGCAGAGAAGGUGUCCUCCUGGGAGCUGAGAGUGGAGGGAAAACUUCUGGAGGAACCUGGUAAGCAAAAGAGGAAGUUCUCAUCUUUCUUCAAGAGCCUCGUGAUUGAGCUUGAUAAGGAGCUCUAUGGACCUGACAACCACUUAGUAGAGUGGCAUAGAAUGCCCACCACUCAGGAGACAGAUGGUUUCCAGGUUAAAAGACCCGGUGAUGUGAAUGUUAAAUGCACCCUACUGCUCAUGCUUGACCACCAGCCCCCUCAGUACAAACUGGACCCACGGCUGGCUCGCCUUCUGGGUGUGCACACACAGACACGGGCCAGCAUCAUGCAAGCUCUCUGGCUCUACAUCAAGAACAACAAGCUGCAGGAUGGUCAUGAGAAGGAGUACAUCAACUGCAACCGCUAUUUCAGACAAAUCUUCAGCUGUCCUCGCAUGAGGUUCUCUGAGAUUCCCAUGAAACUGGCGGGCCUGCUGCAGCACCCUGACCCCAUCAUUAUCAAUCAUGUCAUUAGCGUGGACCCCACAGAUCAGAAGAAGACAGCUUGUUAUGACAUUGAUGUGGAGGUGGACGACCCACUCAAAGGCCAAAUGAACAGCUUUUUGUCCUCUACAACCAACCAACAGGAAAUUGCUGCUCUGGAGAUGAAGAUCCAUGAGACGAUUGAGUACAUUAACCAGCUGAAGACUGAGAGAGACUUUAUGCUGAGCUUCAGCAAUAAUCCACAGGAGUUCAUCCAGGACUGGCUCAAGUCUCAGAGCAGAGAUCUUAAGUUGAUGACAGAUGUGACAGGAAACCCAGAGGAGGAGAGGAGGACUGAGUUCUACGAGGCACCCUGGGUACCAGAGGCAGUGGGCAGAUACAUUUACUCCAAAGUGCAACAGAGAAGACAAGAGUUGGAGCAGGUGUUGGGAAUCCGACUCACCUAAAGAUGUACUCCAGGGGAGUCGAGGCAAACUUAGGUUUACACCUCAGGUGUUGAUGUCUUCUUAAUUACAGUUUGAAUUAGCUUGGAAAGUCACAAGCUAAUGUUGCAGCUUAGGUGUUCACAAAGCCAUCCUCACUGACAUGGUAUAAGAUACCACCUUCUUAGUGGGAUGCAUAUCUUUGCCAUUCCCAUAGAUAAUAAUUUUAAAAUCAUCAGAGUUUAUGGGACCAAAGAGGUUAUUUACAUGUCCUUAAUAAUGUGUUUGCCUUGCAUUAUCUGUCAUUUUGAGCCUGUUCAAAUAAUCUUUGCCUUGUUUUGCAGUAUGUUUUGUUUAUGGUACAAUAUGCUUAAAACAACAUGAGAAUUGGUGCUGUUUAUGCGUUUUCAGCAUCACUUUGCUAUUUUGAAAGCGGUUCUGUUUAUCGUCACAUUUUAAAGCCAUAACCUUAAGAUAGGGACAAUACCUGAUGUCUGGUAACAUCUCAAUAAACAUGAAUUGGGAAGCAUAGUGGAAUUAAGCAUUUCAUUUUGAAAUAUAUAUCUAUUCAAAAUUUAAUUCAGAAAAUUUUGAUUUUAUCUUCAAUAAACAUAGGAAUUCUUAAGAUGUCUUAUGACUUAGAUAAGAAGCUUUUGAUGCCAAUAAUAAUUGUACAGGUUUUGGUGCUUUUUUUAUAUUAGCAGAUGUGUCAUUUGAAAUGAAACAUUUCUUUAAUAU